GCUGUUCCUCAAGAAGCGGAACACCCACACGGCCACGUGGGCCCAGGUCGCCGCGCUCGGGAGGCUGUUCGUGGAGCUCACGGCGGCGGCCAAGGAGCUGCCGCCGGCGCCGCCCCGAGCCGCCGCGCCGCCGGCCCCGGCGGCGGCGCGUG